AUGGUCAAGGCCUUAUCAUUCAAGGGUGAUCCAAAGACCAAGAAGCGAAAACGCGUCGAUACAGCCGCCAAAUUCGGCGAGCCAUCUACGGAGCUCACAACCGAUGCGGCGGGUCCUGUCGAGGACCAGGCAUCAGAUGAUAGCUGGGUUAGCGCCGAAGCUAUCACAGACAUUGAAGGGCCGAUUGUCUUCGUCUUGCCCUCAGAACCUCCUACAUGCAUAGCAUGCGAUACCAAUGGCCAGGUGUUUGCCAGUCCGUUGGAGAAUAUUAUAGAUGGUGACCCAAGCACCGCCGAACCGCAUGACGUGAGGCAAGUAUGGGUUGCCAGUCGCGUCGCUGGCACAGAGAACUUCAGCUUCAAGGGGCAUCAUGGGAGAUACCUCAGCUGCGACAAACUUGGCAUACUCACCGCUCAAACCGAAGCUGUCUCGCCCCUUGAAUCCUUCCUCACAUUUCCUACCUCUUCAACACCCGAGACAUUCCAAAUCCAGAACCUACGUGACCAAUAUAUCACCAUAGCUGCUCCAGCCAAGAACUCAGCAGUUCCCCAGCUGCGCGGCGACGCGGCCGAUGUGAGCUUCAACACCACCCUGAGGAUACGCAUGCAGGCUCGUUUCAAGCCAAAGUUAAAGAGGGGCAAGGAAGACAAGGCCAGGGAGAAGAUCAGCCGAAAGGAACUGGAAGAGGCCGUGGGGAGGAAGCUUGAGGAUGAUGAGGUUCGAAAGCUCAAGAGGGCGAGGAGAGAAGGCAAUUACCAUGAGGCGUUGCUCGAUGUGAAGGUGAAAAGCAAGCAUGAUAAGUACAGCUGA